AUGGUCGACACUACAAAAAAACCUGUUUGGCUUGAUUGUGAUCCAGGACAUGAUGAUGCAUUUGCUAUUAUACUAGCUGCUUAUCAUCCAUCUCUUGAAUUAAUUGGUAUUUCUACUGUUACUGGAAAUCAAACACUCGAUCGAACAACACAAAAUGCAUACAAAGUAGCUUAUAUAGCUGGUCUUCCAAAUCAUAUUCCUAUUAUACGUGGUUGUAGUGAAUCUCUAUGUCGACAUGUUCAAACAUGUCCAGAAAUUCAUGGACAAACGGGAUUAGAUGGUACUGAUAUUCCUGACCAUCCGGAAUAUAAAAUGUUAAUGAAAGAACACGAUGAAAAUUAUCUAUGGAAUAUUUAUAAACGAAUUAUAGAUGUUGGUAGACCUGUAACAUUAAUUGCUACUGGACAAUUAACUAAUAUUGCAUUAUUACUAAAAAUAUUUCCACAAAUUAAACAAUCCUUAGCAGAAAUAGUUCUUAUGGGUGGUUGUAUUGGUAUUGGAAAUAUGCAACCUGGUUCUGAAUUUAAUAUAAUGAAUGAUCCUGAUGCAGCUCAUAUUGUUUUUACAUCUCCUCAUGUACCACGUCUUGUUAUGGUUCCAUUAGAAUUAACACAUACAGUUUGUGCUACUCAACAAGUUAGUGAACGUCUUCGUUCAUUAUCAUCAUCUCGAUUUAUAUCAAUUCUUGAUCAUUUACUUCAUUUUUUUGCUGCAACUUAUAAACAAGUCUUUCAAUUUGAUGCACCACCAUUACAUGAUCCAUGUGCAGUUGCUUAUGUAGCUAAUAAAGAUUUAUUUGAGGAACAAUUGAUGCGCGUAGAUAUUGAACGAACAAGUGAACAUUGUCAAGGAAGAACUAUUUGUGAUAUAUUCGAUAUGCACCGACGAGAGAAAAAUUGUGUUGUCAUAACAAAAAUUCAUAAUGUUGAACAUUUUUGGAAUAUGAUGAUAGAUGCUAUUGAAUUAGCAGAUAAACGAAGUGAGAUGUCAUAUUUAAAUAAUCAUGAACCAUUAUGUAUUGUACAAGGCUGUUCAAAUGGAUUACAAACAAAUCCUUCUAUGCAAUACUUUGCAGUACCUGUUCAUAUUACUAAUAUCGCUGCAUCAUGGUAUAAAAAUACAAUGCGUACAGAUUUACGUCCAUCAACGAAUCAUCGUGUAUGUGAACAACAUUUUGAAGAAUCAUGUUUUGAUCAUGUUGAAGAUACGACAAAAGUUCUUCGACCAAAAUCAUUACCAACAUUAUUUGAUUUAGAAGUUUUCUAUAAAAUGAUUGCAUAUCAAAAUAAAUCACAGGAAACAAAUAAAACAAAUAAAAAAACAAAUAUUACAUUUCAUACAAGUAAUCCUGAAAUUGAUGGAAGAACAUUAGAACCAAUAUUAAAAUUAGAAAGUGGUCAUGUUAAAACACGUUUAGCACCAACAACAUCAAUGAAUUCAUCACAACAAGAAUCAAUAGAUAAAACUCAAUCAUCAUCAUCAUUUAUUGUUAAUAAAACAAAUUUCAAUCAUCAUGAUACUUUUGAAAAUAAAGCAUCAAAUCGUUGUCAUAUAGAUGGUUGUAUACAUAAUUAUGUUGCUCGUCGUCAUCGUGUACAAUUAUAUAAAAUUCCACGUGAUCAAACAGUUGCACGUAAAUGGCUUGAUGCUUGUGGUUUUGAACAUAUUGCAAUUUCAUCAUCAACAUCAACGUUUAAAGUUUGUCGAGAACAUUUUACUGUAAAAGAUUUUGAAGGACCAGCAAUAUUACGUCCAGAUGCUGUACCAUCAUUAUUUACAACACAUUCUCGUUCACUUAUGGAUAAACAAAAUUCAUCACAGACAAAACGUUUUCGAUCUGAUAUGACAAAUAAUCGUGCAAAACAAACAUCAAUAUCUAAUAACAAUAAUAAUAAUAGUAAUAAUAAUAAUAUGAAACAACGGACAUCACAAUUAUCUUAUCGAAAUAAUAAUAAUAAUAAUUAUCAACGACAACAAGAUCAACAACAACAAAAUUCAACGAUUUUAUCAUCACCAAUAGAUGAAAUGUAUGAUGAUAAUAUGAAACAAAUGAUGAAUGAUACAAAACAAAUUAUUGAUAUAGAUUUAAAUAUGAAUUGUUCUGAUGAUCAUUUAUCAGAUGUUCAAUUGGCACAUUGUCCUGUUAAAGCUCUUGACCGAACUGAUACAACGAAUGGUGUAACUCCUAAACCGCGUAAUCCUGUUGGCCGUCCUCGUAUACAUCCACGUUAUUCACCAACUUCACAAUCAACACAGGCACUACAAACAACAGCAACAAAUCGUCGUUCGACAUAUGUUAAUGAUGAUCCUGAUGAAUUCGAUGAUUUAGAUGAAUGGAAUGUUGAUGAAAUUGAUCAAGAUGAUACUGUACGGGAUCGUGAUUGGAUUAAUCGUCAACAAGAUGAUCGUUUACCAUGGUCAAAACGAUCGAAUACAACUACUAAUAAUUAUUCUUUAGCUUAUCAACGUACUAAUAGUGGAAAUUCUUAUCGAAAUAUUCGACAACCAAUUCCAUUUCAACAACAUAAUACAAUCAAUAAUCAACAACGACCAGCAGCAGCAACAGCUGGACGUGGACAAUUUUAUCAGACACAAUUUGUUAAGCCAGAACCAACACGAAAAGCAACUAUUCCUUUUCUUCAACCAGCUUUUGCACCAAAUGCUUCAACACAAUAUCCACGUGAUCAACCAUUACCACGUCUUAAACCAGGCACAGUUAGAACAAGAGAAGAAGGUCUUGAAGUCGAACUUGAGCAUACAUAUAAACGCGCUCUAUCGAAAUAUUAUGGUCAAAAACCCGGUCGUACUCUCCCUUAUUCCGACUAUGGAGAUUUUCGAAGUCAAUGUCCUGUUUGUGAAGAUUCAAUCUUCGAUAAUAAUAUUCAAUUAAUCACUCAUUUAUGUCAACAUUUUGAUCAACAAGAUAAUACUAAUAAUAAUAACGAACGUAAACUUCAAUCAAAUUCACCAUUUGAACAAAUAAAUACAAAAUGUUCACAUUGUCAAUCAGAAUUUUCUAAUCCAUAUUUUCUUGCUAUGCAUAUUGAUGAUAAACAUAUGCUUGAAAUGAGUGAAUAUCCAUGUCGUAUAUGUGAACAACGACAUACAUCAUUAUUAGAAUUAAUUGCACAUUUAAAUCUCUGUCAUUGUGGUUUAGAAAUGCCAUAUUUUUGUGAAGUAUGUUCAUUUCGAACAUCAAUGCAUGCUGAUAUGAUUUAUCAUAUUGAUGAAGUACAUAAGGGUACACGAUAUUUCUUUUGUCCAUAUUGUUUUAUUGCAAUUGAAUUACCAUUGAUGACAAAUUCAUCAACAAUGAUUAAUGGAACAUUAGCUUAUAAACAUUUAUUACUUCAUUUUAAUAAAGUUGAUCAAGGAAGAACAAUACAAUCGAAAUUUAAACAUUGUAGAAAAUGUAUUUUACAUGUUGCAUCUAUGAAAGAUCAUUUACAACGUGAUCAUUUAAAUAUUGUCGAUGGUAUUAAAGCAACUUAUUAUGAUGAAGAUGAAAAUCAAGAAAAACAAAGUGAUGAAGGUGAACAAUAUGAUGACUCAAUUAUGGAUACAACUUCAUUACCCAUUGAAAAAUCUUCAACAGCAAGAUAUAUAACCCCGGCGAAAAGUGGAUGA